AUGGCUAUUAUUCCAGACGACCAUCUUGGUCUCCGACUCCCUAAUCCACCACCCUUGUUGCAUACUCGUGGGCAAUUCGAUCGCCCCGCUACUCCUGCCGAUGGCUUUACCAGUCCACCACAGACUCCCCAGGGUAGCCCCAGCAAGUCAAGGUUGCCUCCGGGCGCACUCGACCUACCCAAUGUCUUCGACAAGGCGAUGAAGUUGAAUCCCACCACCCCCUCCAAAUCGACAUACAACCACUACAAUCAUCCAAUGUUCUCUGCUGGCAAGAGUGGCGAGGACUUCAGCGAGAGCGUUAUCCACCAAACCCCUUCGAGCCCAACGCGUAGAGCCAACAAGGAGAACACACCCCCCAACCCAACACGUCUAAAGGACCUGGGAUCGACCCCAACUGCUGCAGCUCUUUCGCGCCAAGAACCAUACCAACCACGCGAUGAUACGACCAGACGCCAGGUGCAGAUGCGCGGCCUGACCCCCGAGGAAAUGGAGAAGCUAGCACAGCCCAAAGUGAAGCGCCUCGUCAAUGUGACCCAACUCUACUUCCUUGACCAUUACUUCGAUCUCCUUAGCUACGUCCACAAUCGCCAAACCCGCCACACACAAUUCAAAGCCGCUUACCCCGAACCCCCUGCUACCCCUGACGAAGAGUACGAACCCGCCCUCCUAAAAUACCUCGGCCGUGAGCGCGCACAUCUGCGGAAGCGUCGCACACGUCUCCGCCAGGGCGACUUCCAGAUUCUGACUCAGGUUGGCCAGGGUGGAUAUGGACAGGUGUAUCUGGCACAAAAGAAGGAUACGCGCGAAGUGUGCGCGUUGAAAGUCAUGAGCAAGAAGCUGCUUUUCAAGCUGGAUGAGAUUCGUCACAUCCUAACCGAACGCGAUAUUCUCACUGCGGCCAAGAGCGAGUGGCUAGUCAAGCUACUCUAUGCCUUCCAGGAUGAUACGCAAAUCUACUUGGCCAUGGAGUAUGUUCCUGGUGGAGACUUCCGCACGCUGCUGAAUAACACUGGCGUUCUUCAUAAUCGACACGCCCGUUUCUACAUUGCUGAAAUGUUCAGCUGCAUUGAUGCGCUCCAUGUGCUAGGAUACAUUCACCGUGAUUUGAAACCUGAAAAUUUCCUGAUCGACUCUACCGGCCAUGUCAAGUUGACCGAUUUCGGUCUGGCAGCUGGUAUGCUGAGCCCGGGCAAAAUCGAGUCAAUGCGUGUGAAGCUUGAGGAAGUCGGGAACACCCCCGUUCCCUUCGGUCGACCCAUGGAACAACGUACAAUGGCCGAACGACGACAAGGAUACCAGUCUCUGCGCCAGCGGGAAGUCAACUACGCCAAGUCGAUUGUCGGAUCGCCGGAUUACAUGGCGCCGGAAGUUCUCAAGGGCGAUCAAUACGAUUUCACUGUGGACUACUGGAGCUUGGGAUGUAUGCUGUUUGAGGCAUUGGCAGGCUACCCGCCUUUCGCAGGCGCGACAGUCGAGGAGACAUGGCAGAACCUAAAGCGCUGGCAGAAGGUAUUGCGGAAGCCCGUCUACGAGGACCCAAACUACUUCCUGUCACGGCGGACGUGGGAUCUCAUCACGAAGCUAGUUGCUGGGAAGGAGCAGCGCUUCAAGAAUAUCAAGGAGAUUCACGCGCAUGACUAUUUCGCCGAGGUCGACUUCGAGGGUCUGCGUGAGCAACGAGCUCCAUUCGUGCCCGAACUUGAUUCGGAGACUGAUGCUGGGUACUUUGAUGAUUUCAGCAAUGAGGCGGAUAUGGCCAAGUACAAGGAGGUCCAUGAUAAGCAGCGGGCGCUGGAGGAUAUGGCCGAUCGCGAUGAUAAGAUGAGCAAGGGCUUGUUUGUCGGGUUUACUUUCCGUCAUCGCAAACCUGCCGUCGACAGCAACGGCCGCAGCAGCUCGCCGCGGAAGCCUAUCGCGACGGAUGGCACAUUCGGCACAAUGUUCUAG